AUGGUUGAGCAAAUAAUAGCCGAUUAUAGUCAUGUACCACCGGGUUGCUUAAUGUUACAAAAAGGUUUUUUUAGUAGAUCAUGUGGCUUUCUUCCACAUCAGCAUGUUCCAUUGGAAUUAGUUCAUUCCCUGAGUAGAAAAAAAUAUAAACAAUCAAUGCCUGAUCUCACUAAAAAUUGUUUACGCCAACCAAAAAUAAAGGUCGUUAAUAUUGAUGGAAAAACUUAUUAUGUUUGUAAGGGACAAUGCUUUCAAUCAUACUUGCUUGCAGUUCAGUAUUUAAUUAAUAAAAAGAGAGUACGUGCAUCAUUUGGUUAUGAAAUGGCACAACUUUAUUGCAUCGAUGAACCUGCAUCAUGUACAAGAAGAGCAUCCUUUUCUGAGAUAAAACGAUGGAAAUCUAUGGGAAAUCUUGUAAAUUAUUAA